GGGAUCAGCUUAGGGAGUUCUGUGGGUGUCUCGGGCAGCAGUUGACCCGGGAUACUUUCAUGCAAUUUGAUAAAUUGCACGAAUGGGGAUGUAAGUACAAUCCAGACUGUUUAGUUAGAGUCCCUCCAUACUUGUUUUCUUCUUUUGUUUCCUAGGAUUGUUAAGUAGCUCGGGUAAUCCUCUUACUCGGGUCGUCUUCAUAUGCUUUGUGUACUUGUAUUUUUCUUGCCCUUUUUCGCUUUUCGGAACUGUUAAGUAACUCAGGUUGUCUGUUGCUUAUGUAUAUGUGUUACCUUAUCUGCUAUGCUUUCUAACCCGGUCAUUGUCUGUCUGCAGGUUUGCCAUAUUUUGAUAAAAAUCUGUGGAAGAGUAUGGCUAACGAACAUUUUGCUGCUGCUUUGAGGAACCUGGGGGGAAUUCAUUCGAUCCCCAAGCCUACUCCUAAGCCUAAGACCGGAGCUGGGAAGAAUGAUGAAUCCGGGUCCUCUAGGCAAGAGGCAACCGGCGGUGAAUCAAGCGCUGCAAUGGAGAAAGUUGCUUUGGGAGGGACUGAGGAGGUGGUGGAAGCCGGUAGCCAAGAGUUGGUGACCCGGGGGAGGAAGAGGAAACAGGUCUCGGCGCAGAAGGCCCCUGCUAAAGUUCCCAAAGUUGGCCGGGGAAAAGGGGUUUUGCUGGAUUCUGACUCGGAUUCUGAUGAUGAAGAUGAUGACGGGGAAGGUUCCCGGGUUCCCCUUGGUGCCGGGAAGUACUCUGCCCGGGAAAUAAUUAAGAUAAUGUCGGAGAUUCCGACCGAGGAAGACUGGGUUAGGAUGGAUGAUUCCGGGAUGGUGAGCACUUUCAAGGAACUAGGGAGUCUUUGGGGUCAGCUGGGGUCUCGUCUAGCCGGGUUUAAUACCAUUGCUUUCAACUUGAUAAAGUCGGAAAGGGACACUGCUGAGACUUUUGGGACGAGAGCCCGGAAAGCUGAGUCGGACUUGGCCCUGGAGAGGUCGGCUAAGGAGAAGUUGGAGUCCGAGUUGGAGAAGCGGGUGAAGGAGGCCGAAACCCGACUGGAAGCUGAGUGGAAGCGGAAACUGGAGGAGGCUGAGACCCGGGCGGGUGAUUCUGAGAAGAGGGUGGCCGGACUCGAGGAGGAUGUGGGGAAGCUGAAGAAACAACUCGAGGACCGAAAGGAACCAGAAGUUGUGAUUGCUGAUUUCAAGGAGUCUGAAGAGUAUAAGGGUGCCCUGGCCAAUGCUGCCGCUGCGGAGGUUGUCCGAUGCUGGAAUGUUGCCGAGAGGCACAUUAAAACGGACCCGGUGGCCGAUUUGAACAGCUUCAUCAAUCUUUAUAUCCAGGCUAGGGAUGAUGCUUCUGCCGGCAAGGGUGAACCCGAGCCCUUUGAGGGUCCUUCUCCGAGCUUCAUCGCUCCAGCUAACCCGGUUGCUCCCGUUGAUGCGGCUCUCCAGACAAAUAACCUUCCCCCUGCUACUUAGUUGUUUUAUCCUUAGUCUUUUGAUCACUUGAGAAACAAUCUUCUGUAAUUCUAAACUUGCUUGUUCUUGGAUUUAGAUGUUUGCCCGGGGUCUAUGUAGAUCCGGGUUUAUGGAUAUUUUUGUUGCCUUUCGUCAGAU